GCGCGAUUAAUAGAACAAAAGAAGAUCAAUGAGAAUGUAAACAAUGUGAUUUAUUUUUCACAAUUCAUCGAAUAUUGUCAUACUAAUAUCACGUGUCAUCUAGAAAGUUCUUGUUUUAAAUAAAAAGGAUCCCAAAUAAUAGCUUGAAGACAAGAGAAUCCGGAAAUGCGGUCAGUGAUAUAAAAUCGAAGAGUUCCAUUGCGCGCAGUUACAAUAUUUAUUCAUCAAUAUGGCGGACGGCGAUUUACUCGUUAAUAUUUCGGGCGCUGCUCUUUCUUUAUUACUUUACGAAAAUGUACGCAACGUCGGAGAUCAGAUGGGCUUUCUACUCGGUGAAAUAGUUGAGUAUAUUGUUAAAAAGUUCACGGAUUCUGACAAUCAAGUGGAUAUUAAAAGACAUAUUAAUAUUGAAACUGUUGUGACAUGCUCUAUGCCAGAUAUUUUGCAUGAUUCAACCGGUAGAAUCGAUAAAGAGAAGUUGAAAGAUUUCUUGUCUUAUAAAAGCAAACAAGUUAUUGGAUGGUUUAGAUUUAGACACAACUCUUGCUUGGUACCUACUUUAAGGGAUAAACUUUUGCACAAACAGUUUGCUUCGCACUUCUCUAGUAGUCAUGGUUAUAAAGAGGAUUUCUUUGUCACGUGUCUAUUGUCCUCUUCUGUGUCAAAUACAAGCGGAACUCAUAAAUUUAGACACGUCCUUUUGAGGCGUAGAAGAGGAUCAUAUUAUAGGACAUUUGAACCAAUAUCCUUGAAGAUAAGUAGUUUAAGGGAUGGUGAACCUUCGCUUGAUGGUUCAGAUUAUAAACUUACCCCUCAAACAAGAUCGAUAGGAGAGAUUGAUACAUUUACUAAAAUAAUACAAUCGCUCAAAUUAAAUCUUACACAAAUACCUGGCAUUGAAUCUGCAACUAUUAUAGAAAAAGAAGCUGAAAAAUAUUUAAAUACGUUAAUCCCAAAAGUUUGCGAAUCCGAUCGUGAAGUUUUUGAAUUGGAAAAGCAAAUAGGAGAACUCAGGGAUAAAAUACGCUUGCAGAACUUAGCUAAGACAAAAAUUAAUGGUAAUUCGGAAUCGACUAAGUUGAAUUAUGAUCCUGAUAAAAAUAGUAGUUACGAGGAGAACAAUUUAUCAUCAGAAAAAACAGAUGCUCCUGGUAAAAUCUACGAAGAUGACCAACUAUACAAGUACCAUUCUUUAACAGAUGAAUCAAGUGACAACCGACCAGGUAGUACAAGAACUGUUCAUACAGAAAGUGUGUCCAAGGAAAAGCUGAAAAUAGGAUUAAAUACAGACACGCAGAACAGUCAAACUCGUGAUCCAUUUACUACAAGCAUGGUUUCGAAUGCAAAGUUAGAUAUGGUUGGAAGCACAUUAAAAAGAAACAAAUGUUCAACUAAUAUGAUUUCUGAGAUCUCGAGACAAUCAAUAACUAUGGGAGAUCAGAUUGAAAGUGGUGUCGGUAGAGGUAGUCCAAAAUAUGGACAAGAUUUGUUAAAGGCUAGACGAGGAUCAGGAUUACGUCAUAACAAUGAAAGAAAUAUAGGAGAAUCCUCGGAACAGUCUUCGAUAAAGCAUACUAUUCAAAAUCAGCAACAACCUCCUAUUUAUGAAGAAACUUCAAAAAGAAAUAUCGACAAGCGCAAUUUUUCAGAUAUGUCAGAUACUCAUUGAAGUAAAUACAGUCCUAUGGAGUUCAACCAUUCCAAGGAUUGUAUAAUCCUUAGCUUUCUUUGAGAGCUUCAUGAAAAUACUUAAAAUUGUUCCAAAGCGUUUUAUGCGAAUAAAGCAUGACCAUAUUCUUAGAACUACUUUAUGCUCCACAAGAUGCGUUGUAAAUAUUUCUUACGCUGAAAUAUAACAAUUUUGAAACUUGAA